AUGAUCUACCGAAGAUUGAGUGAGAUUAUAAAAAGAACGUGUUGGAUAUGCUUCGGAGACGAAGAUGAUGAUUUAGAAGCUGAAUGGACUCAUCCUUGCAAUUGUAAAGGAACUUCUGCAUGGGUCCAUCAGGCUUGUUUGCAACGUUGGAUUGACGAAAAACAAAAUGGAGUUGCCGAUUUUGCGGUUUCUUGCCCACAAUGUGGUAUUGAAUACAUCAUCGCUUAUCCACAAAGAGGAUUUUUAAUGAAAUUACUUGAUGCUGGUGAAAAAGUGACGGAUGCUCUUUCACCUUACAUUACCGUGACCAUAUUAUUAGGCAGCCUCUAUUGGUCUGCUGUAUCUUACGGUGCUGUAACAAUGGUCCAAGUUUUAGGACAUAAUGACGGCUGGAAUUUGAUAGAAAAAUCGGAUCGACUGCCAUUGGUAAUUGGACUUCCUGCUAUACCACUAAUUUUAGUUUUGUAUAAAACCGUUGCAUGGGAAGACCGAUGCUUGCGCUGGAUUCGACAAACAUCGCAUAAAUAUAGUGUUGCAACACCGGAAGACCGACCACAACGAGUUCCAGCGGAACCUACUCAUAGCACAGAUUUGUCAUCGUUAUCAAGGAUAAUAUGUGGAGCAUUAGCUUUACCAACUAUUGCCGUCACCUGCGGUAACCUAUUCUACGGAAAUUAUUCUCUCUCAAAUUGGCAAAAAGCCUUAAUGGGUGGUGCAACGUACGUCAUUUUACGAGGUGCCGUCAAAAUGUAUUAUAAACAGCAGCAGUAUGUUCAGCAGGCUUGUCGAAAGAUUUUAAAUUAUCCAGUUGACUGA